CAUUGCUUGAAAAUAAGCGUGAGUAAACGAAUGGUGGCGCCCUUUGUGCUCCGCGCGCGCGCGAUCGCUAUCUGACAAUUUUUUGUCUGACAUCUGACAGUGACAUUGACAAUCGAUGUCUUUUGAGCUGAGUGAGAGGACGAUUCAUAUACGGCGGGAGAUCUACACAGUUUUUCAUAAUUAUUCACCAGCACAGAUUGGAUGACGCCAUGGACAGAUCUGAAAAAUCGUCCACAUCAACGACGAUGUCGUCACUGACUCAGUCAGACAAGUACGCCCUCGCUUUUCAGCUCGUGACGCAAUUGACCAGUCUUGUCGAUGGAGUGCUCUUCGCUAAAAGAAUGGCAGUGCUGCAGGUUAUCAAAGAGGCAUGGGAGAAGAAUACAGAGGUUACCGUAAUAACAGAGGAAAGCAGUUUUGAUUGUGGGGAGCAAAUGAACCCGGACACCGCUGAGAGGAUGCAGAGUCCACAAAUGGCGCCAGUUGAUUCCAACUUGGGCAGCAUUGAAGAGAAUCCAGCCACAUUCCAAGCUUUGGAUGUUGUCGUCAAACAAGAAGUAGAACACCCCGGAAUGCCUAGAAUUGAGCAAGUUGUGGGUUACGGGCUGCAUCCAAUGGGAGUUGCAGGCUACACGGACCGAGCCUUAUCCUCUGUGGAUGAGAGUGGAAGCUCAGUCACAGGGAGCCCUGAGGCAGAAAACACAAGGGAUCUGGAUCAGUCUCCAAACACAAGGCCGGAUUUUGACCAAACGUCAGAAUGCCCACGAGGUCGUCUAGACACAGAGGACUUGUUUGAAGAUCUGGGGAAUAACAGAGCACAGGUAACUGUUAAAAAAAUGAGCCUUGAUGGCACUGUGCAACUGGGCAAUGGAGACCAGUCUCCAAGAGAAGAUAAUGGUUUUGACGCCUAUCAGGAUAACUCACAUGUGAGGAAAUCAUUUGAGGAUGAUGAAAAUGAUGAGGAGGAGGACAGUGGAGAUGAGACUGAUACAGGGGAUGUCAGCACUCCACAGAGUGUGGGCAAGACCAGGCCCUUUGAGUGCAAAUACUGCAAGAGGUCUUUCAAGUUUGGGGAGUUCUCAGCUGGGCGGCCUUUCCAUUGCCCGCAUUGUCAGCACAAUGCUAGCCCAAGGGAACAGGGACGUUUGCGUAGCUCACCAAGCAGCAUCGACACACCCAUUGGCUUGUCGCCAAAAACAAGCACACCGGCGGUAUCACCAAGGAAAUUUCCUUGCCCUUUGUGCCCGAAACGAUUCCUACGCAAGGGUCAUUUAAGAGAACACCUCUGGACACACAGCAAAGACAAGAAGAUAUCCUGUGCCUUCUGUAGCAAAACGUGCCGUACGGUUAAAGAAAGUAGGUUACAUGCAAAGACCCAUUUAAACCAGAAUAUUUCGAAUUCAAAUCUGAACCAGCUACAAUCCAACAGAACAACAAUUUCUCCAAAACCCCAGUCUGAGGCACCCCAUCCCAUGCAUCUCACACGUGUUAGUUACUCAGCAGAGGAGGAGACAGUUGCUCAUGCUAGCUCAAACUCUCCCACAAGUCCUGGGGUAAAUCAGUGGUAUCGCUGUGAUAUAUGCGAGGUGGACUUUCCAGCUGAGACAGCGUUGGCCGAACACAUGAAGGGACACAUUGCUUUUCCGACUAGAGUUGACCUCCAACAACAUCAGAGAGUACACACAGGAAAAGGUCCAACAGGUCGUGUCAGACUGGAAGCAAGCCGACCCACGCGGGCAUCCAAAAGUAUCCGGAAAAAGUAUGAACGACUGCGAAAACACAAUGAUGGCUUCAAGUGCAACUUGUGUUACAAGGUUUUGUUUACUGUCAAAGGGUUUCAAAAGCAUCAAGAAAAUCACACUUGUAAGAUAUGCUUCAAGACGAUCAAGAAAUUGGGAGCCCACAUGCGAGUUCACAGUAAUAUGAGGCCGCAUCAGUGCCCUGAGUGUCUGGAUUUGUUUAAGGCGCGGAAGUACCUCUUAAAACACUGGGUCAGUGUCCACGGCAAAGAGUUGUUGAAGUGUAGGGCCUGCGUUAGGGUCUUUCUCGAUUCUGAUUCUUUGAGCCACCAUGAGCAGGAGCAUCAUCAGUUAGUGGAAGAUAAAAGUUGUGAAGAGGCAGAUCCUGAGGUCAGAUCAAAGGAGACAUCCCAUCAGUGCACUAAGUGCCGGAAACUUUUUUCCACAAAUGGAAAUCUCAGGAGGCACAUGAUAGAAGUCUGCAGUAAAUCAUUGGUCUCCGAAAAGAUGCCAGUGCUGACGGCUGCGCACUGCUGUCCAUACUGCCCCAAAAUGUUUGCCUAUCAGAACAAUCUGGAAAAACAUAUGCAGAUCCACACAAACAAGAAGCCUCAUGUCGGUAGAAGGUUUGAUUGCAGCACCUGCCAAGAGGUGUUUGCAACCAAGGCUGCUCUGAUAAAACACAGACAGAUGCAGCACAAGCCAACUGCAACUGGGAUAUUAGAUGGGAAAGACUCGUCGGCAGUUGACGAGUCACUGGAGCAAGACGAGUCAAACCACAUCGAUGCCGGCGGUGUCGCCAAUAAAGCUUCUCCUUCCAGUGGUUCCUCCAAGACUCAUCGAUCUGGUAUCAAGCCAAAGUAUCGCUGCAGGUAUUGCAAUGUGAAUUUGUCUUCCAAAGUUCGUCUUUUGCAUCAUGAGAGCCUCCACAUCAAAAAUCCGUCAAUGAUCCGCAAACUGGGCAAAUAUUGCUGCAAGUAUUGCAACGUGAAUUUGUCUUCCAAAAUUCGUCUUCUACAUCAUGAGAGCCUACACAUCAAAAAUCCUUCAAUGAUCCGCAAAAUGGGCAAAAAGAUGCCGGGACGCUUAACCUCCCCAAGGCAGAUGCAUAAGAAGAAAGUUCCAAAAAGAAUGCCGGCAAGCCCUAUUCGUAAACUGGGCAAUACCAGUUCCACACAAAAAGGUUCCAAGACAAGUCCAAAAAUGGCCAGCACGGGCCAAAUCAGCAAAGUGCCAAAAGCAAAGAAAAACCUAAGUCCCAGAGUGGCCUGUGCAAGUACAAGCCAGUUCCAAUUUGCCAAUGCACCAAAAAGCCAUACCCCAAACGUGACCAGUUUGAGAAGCCCCAGUAGGCCAGCUGCCAAACAGAAGUCUCCUAACAUGUCUGAUUGUAGGAGCCCUAGUGUUCAUUUACCGAGUACACGCCCUCUCCAUAAAAUGCCCAAGAAAAGCCCCAUUCGUAAACUGGGUAAUACAAGCUCCAUACAAAAAGGUUCCAUCACAAGUCCGAAAAUGGCCGGCACAGGCCAAAUCAGCAAAGUGGCUAAAGCAAAGAAAAACUUAAGUCCCAGAUUGGCCGGUGCAAGUACAAGCCAGUUCCAAUUUGCCAAUGCACCAAAAAGCCAUAGCCAACUUGUGACCAGUUUGGGAAGCCCAAUGAGACAAACUGCCCAGCAGAAGUCUCCAAGAAUGAUUGAUCGUAGAAGCCCAAGCAAGCAGGGCAGUAUAACUUUUGAACUAGACAACAACCCGAUAAUUCACCAAGCGUACAGUAAGGUGUUUACUAGUGCUGAAAAACGAGCCCUUCAUGAUCAAUCCCACAUCACGCACAGCUCAGAGAGUAAAAAUGCUCCGUCAGUCUCGGGAACUAGCAUAAAACAGGAAAAGCUCUACCAGUGUGGCUUCUGUAACAAAGUCUGCAAACAGCGGUAUUUACUCACUAGGCAUGAAAGGCAGCACACAGGCGAGAAACCAUAUUCUUGCACUUGUGGCAAAGCAUUCCCUUCUGUUGGUUCUUUAAGAAAGCACCAGAAGUUUCAUUGCACACAAAAGGGUCAAAGUGAUUCAAUGCCAGCCAAUUUUUAAUAGGCGGAUCAAGAUUAUUUCACCAAGUCACUGGUAGUUACGGCUAUCCCAGUAGUAUCAGUGGCCAUUUUGUGUCCCGUUUUGCAUCUGAUGGAGAAGUGUGAGGGAGGGGAUCAAAGAUAAAAGCGAACGCAGCUCGAUGUACAUGUACACUUCCAUCACUUUCAGACAUCAUUACCCCAUAAUUCUAAAUACACCACAGUGGUUGGAGCAUUACCCUUGGCCCAGUGCAAGUUAUAAUCCGAAAGCACACGUAUUGCCCUGUAUCAUUUGUGCAACGUCUUUCCGAUUAAUUUGCACCCUGUUGCUUUAACUACAUAAUUCUGAACAUUAUCCCUGUCAAAGUGUCUUCAAAUUUCCUGUGCCUGUGACACUACAUGUAUUAUUAUUAUUAAUAAUUAAAUGUAACAGCGUCAGUACCAGUUCACAAUGUAAUAGGGCACUAACAGGGCAGUUACAUACACUAUACGCUGCUCUUUCUUACAGUGACUUGCAGUACCUCCCUAUAACCCAGAUAAUAGUGUGCGUGUGUCAAACUCCCAAUAACGUGCUUGCUACCUUGUGACAAUAUCCCAUUUAAAACCCUCGCUAUUAUGUGCACUAUUUUGUGGGUUACUGUAUUAUACCCGAUUGACUCCGGCACCUCUUGAGCAGUUACCAGAUAAUUGUUAAGGUGCGGCUCUUUUAUACAUGUUUUUUAUUGUUGUAUUUUUAAGUUAUCCAUUGUAUUCCUAAAGUACAUGAAAAUGUAGUUGUUUUAAAAAGUUAUUAUUUUAAUCUUAAGGAUUUCUGUCAUCACUUGGCAAUUCGAUUGAUUCUUCCAACUUCGGACGUCCACCCAUUUUGGUGUAAUUAUUCCUUUAAAAAGUUGUACAGUACAUAACAAUGUAUACAUCUUUGUUGCAUGAAAAGUAUGUUUGUAGUCAAAGAAAAUUUGAUAUUAAGAAAUUUUUGAUCCAUGAGUAAAAUGGUGCAUACAUCAAAAAUGGAGUUCAUGGUUCACAUUGACAUAACAAAAGCUGGGAAUAGCUUCAGAAAUAUGGCUAUCCUAUUUCUCGCAGAUUUGCUCAGUCAACUGCAAUUUCGAUGGAUAAUGAUGACAAUUUUGGUAGAACAACUCGCUCUGUGCAGUUGGAAGAUUGUUGCUUUUUAUCGCAAAUAUUAAUUGAAUUAAUUUCGUGACAACAACUUGAAGUCUUACAAAGCUUAUUCACUUUCAAUUCUGUACAUAAAUUGUAAAUGUAGACAGUGCUGUAACAACUUGCCAGCUGUGUUUGUGAAUCGUAAUUUUUAAGUCAUGCUGUAUUCACGUAGAUAUUAUACACGUACAGUCGAUUCUCGUUAAUACAAACUCGAUCGGACCUAGCCACAUUGUUUGUUAUAUCAGAAUGUUGUAUUAAGAGGAACGUUAGUCCCAUUCAUUGUGCACAUAAAUGCACACUCGGGACUAAGGCUUUAUGUAAUAAUGACCAAAAAUUUGUAUUAACAGAGUUUGUACUAAAGAGAUUCGACUGUACAUGUAUUAGUAAAUAUUAUUUUAGCAUCAAGGUGAUUUGAUUUAAAUUUACGUGUUGGUUGUGAUUGACGUAUGUGGUAUGUAGGCUUACCUGUUUAUACGCUCAAGUGUGCAAAUCAGCGCAAGCAUGCCUAUUUUAACCCAGCGUUAAUAAUUGACUUAUCGCAGUAGAACUUGUUAGAAUCGCAUCAACGCAGCUUAUGAAUAUUGUCCAAUUACAUGAUAUACAAAUUAAAAUGGACGGGAGCGCGCAAAAUCUGAGACAAAAAAGUUAGUGUACAAAAACUCAAUUGUGUUGUCUAAGGGUCGUGGCUUACUCUCAUACGGCGCUAGGUCAAUUGCUCAACUCAAUAUCUAAUUUUAACCAUAACAUUAAUUGUGUACAUUUUUUAUGCUUUUUUUUAUCGAAGGAAAUUUAAAAAGACAAGUAAGGUAUAUAAAGGAGCUUGAAAUGAGUCUACCUUAUUUUUUUGGUUUUGUUGUAGAAAAGGUAAUAAAAUCAGCAUGGUUUAAACAUAAUCCGCCGUGCAUUCAAGUUAUAUUCUCUUUUUUCGACCGAUAAGAAUACAGUGUACAAAAAAUGUGCGUCCGCCUCGUCUUUACGAACGCGUGCAGCAUGUGCCUGAACGUAACACCAUGCAUCGCAGUAAAAAAUUCUAAUUCUGGUCGCCGGAUUCCACUAUGCAGUUCCAGAUAUGAAUAACCGAUAAAAGAAAAGAAUGAUGGGUUAUUCAAUAAGUAAGGGUGCAAACUUGUGAAAUUUUGACCCAAAAUUGAAAAAAAAUGAUUGACAGGGGAUUCGAUAAAAAUUCAGUAUAACUGAAAGCUAUAUAUUGACAUCUUCAACAUGUAGUUGUAUCUAAAAUCAAACUUUAAUUACCCCAGAAAAGCAAAAAACGUACCAUGUCGAAACCCAUUUUUCAGGUGUAAAGGGACACCAAAUAAAUGUUCUGCUAUUUUUGUGAUAA